ACUGGUACCGACGUCAUAUUCUGUUCUUCGUGGGACAUCAUAACCUGCAUUGAGUGUGAUUCUGUUUCGGAGCUUCGUACGCUGCCCCUAUGAAGUUCACGACGGUGUUCCCAGCUAUGCUGAUCCAGAGCACCAACAAACAAUGCAUGUCUCAGAAAAACGGAAAAUCGAAGUGCCUGCUGUUUGCACCGCUGUGUAUCAACGACCUUCCGGACGAGAUUCUCAUCCGGGUUUUUCACUUCUUCCGGCCAAUCGAGGACGAGUUACCAGCGUUAGCUCUCGUCUGCAGAAAAUGGCGGCGGAUUUUGCAGACGACAGGCUCACUAUGGCGCGAACUGUACGUGGACCCCUCGGAGUACUUGUUCUACCACUUCAGUAUGGUGUGUUGUAUAUUCCGCGUGUACGGCUUCCAUGUACAGAGACUGACCUGGUACAAAAACUCUCCAGUCUACGAAAGCGUGUUCGCGCUAAUACCACGGCUGUACAAUCUGCGUUAUCUCCGCCUGCCCAUCCUGUGGACGCGGGCGGUGGUGGAGACGCUCCAGCCCUUGUCCCACUUGGAGUACGCUCAAAUCAACGGUGGCUUUGCCCUUGGGGACGAGGAACUAGAACUGGUCUCCGAGUUCUUUCCCUGUUUGAGGGAAGUCUCUCUCAACGCUUGCUGGAAGAUCACUUCCGGUGGAAUAGACAAUUUCCUGUCCUCCCUGGAGCAUCUGGAGACCUUCAAGCUGAAGGUGAACUCUGGACUUCCACUGAAUGACGUCAGAAGUGAGCAGUCUAUGCGUGAAGGAGGUCACGUGAUCCACUGUGUGUCGGACAACUCCUACUCCCAGUGCCUGAGCGUUCUCUGUUUACACUUCGUGCCUAUUGAGAUGGAUGAACUGUGGACUGUUGUCAAGACAUUGACCAGUCUGAAGAAGCUUAGCAUCAGCAACUGUGAGCACCUUCACGGCAUCCGCCUGGUCUCUGACUCCCUGCACAAGUUCUACCUCUUCAACCUGUGGAACGUCCUCUUUGUCAGCGUCGAGACGCCGGAACUACGUCACGUGACUAUCGACCCAGGAAUGGAGUCCAUGGAACACCUGGAACUUUUCGCGCCCAAAUUGAAACGAGCCUGUGUCAACGGCAGCAAUGUGCUCAGAACGUUGGCCAUAAAAAGCGACAAACUGAACUUCCUGGAGCUGUCUAACUGCGAGGUGCUGGACAUGAGGUGUCUCCGCGAUGUCUUGCGGCGAAACUCCGGCCUUCUGUGUCUCCGAGUGGGCUGUGUGAGCCAGGACAGCCUGUUGCUGGAUGAGGAAGUUAUUCCCAGUUUGCAGGAGCUGUGCAUGCUGGGAGACUUCGCGUGUGAGGCAGUGCACGUACGCAGCCCGACCCUCCGACUCUUCCACACGGACGCCGACAACGACCUCAUCACCAUCAACCACAUCUACAUCACCGCCAACCACAUUUGUAAAAUCGCCCUCAUCGGAAUGCCUGCUCUCAAGACUAUGACUAUACAGUGCGUAAGUGUCGACGCCAUUGAGUUAAACCUGUGCAGCGAUGACCAGUUACAGCUGGACUCUUGCGUCAUUCAGGCCCUGGGCUCCAUCGGUUUUCUCAGGCUCUUUGAUUGUAAG